AUAAAAUAAAAAACUACAUCUCCAGCCGGGUCCCUUUCCUUCCCUAGGAGGUUUAAAGUCCUGAGAAGAGUGCUCAGCUCAGCCGCCAGGAGUAGUGCUUCUCCGUUGGGGGUUUCGUUGGGGGUCUGGGUCUGGGCUACCCUAGCGCAGUGACGCCCUUGAGCUCUGGCCUCAGACUCUAAGCUGCCCUCUCAGGGCGUCCCAGGUCCUAGUUCCAGGGUCCGCUCCGGGGAACCCCUGGAGCAAUGCCUUCCCCAUCACCCAUUGGUGGUGAGGGUGUGAAGGAUUCCGAGAGCUACUGGUGUCGCUGAAAGCUGUCCCCCAGCUGGGUGACCCUCCCAUCCAUGAUCUCAUCAGGGCUUCCGGCACCUCUGCAAGGUGGGCAGGUCUGUGCUGUCACUCCAUUUUAAAGAUGAAACCAAGGCCCUGGGGAGGAAGCGCCUUGUCCAGGGUGGAGCGAAUCGGGAUAAAGAACUAAAGCAUCCUGGGUUUCCCAGAAUUCUUUCCACAUGCCUUCAUCUCCCAAUGCAGUGAGAAGAGGGAAGCCAGCAGAGGGGAAGGAUCAAAGAGGGCAACUUGGGAGAGGACUGACUCCUUCCUCAGCCGGCGUGGGGAGGAUAUAGCUGGAAGGAUCCACCUCUGCUAAAAUAGAGCCACGUGGGCGCGCACCUCCCCCGGCCGCGCGCCGCCGCCUCCUCUCCGCUUUGUUAACGCCUCUGCGCCUGCGCAGUGCGACAAACCUGGCGCUGUCCCCUUCAGCACCACGCGGAGCCGGCGCCGCCCCUCCCCGCGGCCUGUCAGAAGAGCAUGCUGCCCCCUCACUCCCCGCCUGGCCUCGCCAUCCCUGCCCCCCCAGCCUGACCCCCGGGCCCCAGCAUGGCCCAGGGUGCCAUGCGCUUCUGCUCUGAAGGUGACUGUGCCAUCUCCCCGCCACGAUGCCCACGCCGCUGGCUCCCCGAAGGCCCUGUGCCUCAGAGUCCCCCAGCCAGCAUGUAUGGCAGCACGGGCUCCCUGCUACGGCGGGUGGCAGGUCCAGGUCCCCGAGGCCGGGAACUGGGACGUGUGACAGCACCCUCGACACCCCUGCGUGGCCCCCCUUCACCCCGUGUUGCUCCCUCACCCUGGGCACCCUCUUCACCCACUGGGCAGCCUCCACCAGGGGCCCAGAGUUCCGUAGUCAUAUUCCGCUUUGUGGAGAAGGCCAGCGUGAGGCCACUGAAUGGGCUACCUGCUCCCGGAGGCUUGAGUCGGAGCUGGGACCUGGGUGGGGUCGCUCCUCCCAGGCCCACUCCAGCUCUUGGGCCUGGCUCCAACCGCAAGUUGCGGCUGGAGGCCUCCACUUCAGACCCACUCCCAGCCGGAGGAGGUUCAGCUCUGCCUGGCAGCCAGGGCCUUCUACACGGGCCGCCAGCCCCACCUCAGGUCGGGGCAGAUGGUCUUUACUCCUCUCUCCCCAAUGGGCUGGGGGGGCCCUCUGAGCACCUGGCCACACUAUUCCGAGGACCUGCUGACACUGGACUCCUGAACCAGGGAGACACCUGGUCCUCACCCCGGGAAGUCUCCUCUCAUGCCCAGAGAAUUGCUCGAGCCAAAUGGGAAUUCUUCUAUGGCUCCUUGGCACCCCCCAGCUCAGGUGCUAAGCCCCCAGAGCAGGCCCCCCCAUCUCCACCUGGGGUGGGCUCAGGGCAGGGCUCUGGGGUGGCUGUGGGGCGAGCGGCCAAAUACUCCGAGACCGACCUGGACACGGUGCCCCUGAGGUGCUACCGAGAGACCAACAUCGAUGAAGUGCUGGCUGAGCGGGAGGAGGCUGAUUCAGCCAUCGAGAGUCAGCCCAGCUCUGAGGGCCUGCCUGGCACCGUCCGCCCACCUGCCCCACGUCCGGGCCCAUGCCUUGGCCCUCAUGCCAGCCUGAGCAGUGGCGAUGAGGAUGAGGCAGGUGGGGAAGAGGAUGUGGACGAUGAGGUGUUUGAGGCCUUGGAGGGGGCACGGCCAGGCACCCAGAUGCCUCACCUGGGGCCUCUCAAGUCACCUGUGCCCUUCCUACCUGGGACCAGCCCCUCGGCCGACGGGCCUGACUCUUUCAGUUGUGUGUUCGAAGCCAUCUUGGAGUCACACCGGGCCAAGGGCACCUCCUACACCAGCCUUGCCUCCCUGGAGGCCCUGGCCUCACCUGGCCCAACCCAGAGCCCCUUCUUCACCUUUGAGCUGCCUCCCCAACCCCCCAUCCCCCGGCCUGAUCCCCCUGUUCCCGCCCCACUUGCCCCUCUUGAACCGGAUUCUGGUACCAGCUCUGCUGCUGAUGGGCCUUGGACACAGAGAGGGGAGGAAGAAGAGGCAGAGGCUGCAGCCAAGCAAGCCCCAGGGAAGGAGCCCCCUAGUCCCUGCCGCUCGGAGGACAGCUUUGGGCUGGGGGUGGCACCCCUGGGAAGCGAACCACCCUUGAGCCAGCUGGUAUCUGACUCAGACUCAGAGCUGGACAGCACAGAGCGGCUGGCCCUGGGAAGCACGGACACCUUGUCUAAUGGGCAGAAAGCAGACCUGGAGGCCGCGCAGCGCCUGGCUAAGAGGCUGUACCGACUGGACGGCUUCAGGAAGGCUGAUGUGGCCCGGCACCUGGGCAAGAACAAUGACUUCAGUAAACUCGUGGCUGGAGAGUACCUCAAGUUCUUUGUCUUCACGGGCAUGACUCUGGACCAAGCUCUCAGGGUGUUUCUGAAGGAGCUGGCCUUAAUGGGUGAGACCCAGGAACGGGAGCGCGUGCUGGCCCACUUCUCCCAGAGAUACUUCCAGUGCAAUCCUGGAGCUCUGUCCUCAGAGGACGGUGCGCACACGCUGACCUGCGCCCUCAUGCUACUGAACACCGAUCUCCAUGGCCACAACAUCGGGAAGCGCAUGACCUGCGGAGACUUCAUUGGGAACUUGGAGGGCCUCAACGAAGGCGGCGACUUCCCCAGGGAGCUGCUCAAGGCUUUGUACAGCUCCAUCAAGAAUGAAAAAUUGCAAUGGGCCAUAGACGAGGAGGAGCUGAGACGCUCUCUGUCUGAGUUGGCCGACCCCAACCCCAAGGUCAUCAAGAGGGUCAGCGGGGGCAGUGGCAGCGGCUCCAGCCCUUUCCUGGACCUGACUCCCGAGCCUGGGGCCGCGGUCUACAAGCACGGGGCCCUGGUGCGAAAGGUGCACGCAGACCCCGACUGCAGGAAGACACCUCGGGGCAAACGGGGCUGGAAGAGCUUCCAUGGGAUCCUCAAGGGCAUGAUCCUCUACCUGCAGAAGGAGGAGUACCAGCCUGGGAAGGCCCUAUCGGAGGCAGAGCUUAAGAAUGCCAUCAGCAUCCACCACGCAUUGGCCACACGCGCCAGGGACUACAGCAAGAGGCCCCACGUCUUCUACCUGCGCACAGCUGACUGGCGGGUCUUCCUCUUCCAGGCUUCGAGCCUGGAGCAGAUGCAGUCCUGGAUCACUCGCAUCAAUGUGGUGGCCGCCAUGUUCUCUGCACCCCCCUUCCCAGCUGCUGUUAGUUCCCAGAAGAAGUUCAGCCGCCCUCUGCUGCCCAGCGCUGCCACCCGCCUCUCCCAGGAGGAGCAAGUGCGGACCCAUGAGGCCAAGCUGAAGGCCAUGGCAAGUGAGUUGCAGGAGCACCAGGCUGCCCUACUGGGCAAGAAGGCCCGGGGCAAGGAGGCUGAGGAGCAGCGGCAGAAGGAGGCCUACCUGGAGUUUGAGAAAUCCCGCUAUGGCACAUAUGCAGCACUGCUUCGGGUCAAGCUGAAGGCGGGCAGUGAAGAGCUGGACGUGGUAGAGGCAGCACUGGCCCAAGCUGGCAGCACAGAGGAUGGAGUCCUCCCACCUCACUCCAGUCCCUCCCUGCAGCCCAAUGUCUCCAGCCAGCCCCGGGCUCAAUGUCAUGGCUCAGAGCCUCGGGCAGGGGCAGGCAGUGGGCGUCGGAAGCCCUGAGUUGGGGGUGAGAGUGGGAGGGGGUGCCCCCUGGGCACCUGCAUGACAUGGCCCUGCCCGAGCCCGGGCCGGCCU